GCAGCUCUAGUGACACCGCGGUGUCCGCUCCACCGGCCACAGACAUGACAGAGCGCCUGACAGCCGAGCAGAUCAAGGAGUACAAGGGGAUCUUUGAGAUGUUUGACGAGGAGGGCAACGGGGAGGUGAAGACGGGGGAGCUGGAGCGGCUCAUGAGCCUGCUGGGCAUCAACCCCACCAAGAGCGAGCUGGCUUCCAUGGCCAAGGACGUGGACCGAGACAACAAAGGCUUCUUCAACUGCGACAGUUUCCUGGCCCUGAUGGGGAUUUACUGGGAGAAGGCCCAGAACCAGGAGGGCGAGCUGAGGGCCGCUUUCCAAGUCUUCGACAAGGAGGGAAAGGGUUACAUCGACUGGGACACACUCAAGUAUGUGCUCAUGAAUGCAGGCGAGCCCCUCAACGAGGUGGAGGCUGAGCAGAUGAUGAAGGAGGCAGACAAAGAUGGGGACGGGACCAUUGACUAUGAGGAGUUCGUGGCCAUGAUGACCGGAGAGUCCUUCAAGCUGGUCCAGUAGGAGCAGCUGCUUCAGCUGUGGGCGGCCUGCCCAACCAUGGAGCUGCUGCCCGCCACUGCCCACUG